UGUCCCGGAGCCGCCGGGCCCCGGAACGGAACGGGACCCGACCCCUCCCCGAGCGGCCGCGACCAGGCGCCGAGCCGCGCUCCGGGCUCGGUCGGACGCACGGCCCCGCCCGGCGCCCACCGCCCUGCCCUCGCCUGUCUCCUCCUUUCCCCGGGGCUCCGCUGAGUUCAUUCACUGGGAUUGGUUUCAAGUGACGCCAUCUCUUUAUUUUUAAACCAAUGACCUCAUCCGCGCUUGAAGUUUCCUGACCAGCGACUCUUUCUCUUUCCCCCCAACCCCCCACCCCCAACCCCCCGCCUUUCCCCCUUUUUCUGGGUAUCCCUGUUUGGGGGGCUCUGAGCAGUUUUCAAACGACCACCAUCACCUCUCCCAACCCCCUCCGCGUCGCCGCCGCCACCUCCACCUCCCAGGUUCCUCGCCCCUUUCGACAGUGUUUUUUCAAGGCUGAUCGGGGGUGGGGGGUUAGAGAGAAAGAGCGAAGAAAAGUUGCAAACGGCUCCGCGCGUCCCGAGCCUCCCGCCCCCCCCCCCCCGCCCCUCCGAGCAGGAGAAGAUAAUAUAGCGAAAAGAAGAGGAGGAGGAGAGCGCGACGGGACGGACGCGAGCGGGAGCGCAGCCGCCCUCCCGGCUCCGUCGCGGCGCCUCGCGGGUCCGGGAGGCGAGGGGGCCCCGCGGGGAGACGCCGUGACGACUUUCGUUCCCCCCCCACCCCGAGGGAGCCGGGAGGUCGGCGGCCCCGAAAGACAUGAAUUACCCGUUUCACAGAUGAGGAGACUAAGACCUUAGAGAGACUAAUUUAUCCAAAUCCCAAAGCAAGUAAGAAGUGGCAGCGGACCUGGAGCCGAGACCUUCUGACUCAUUCUCAGAGAGAGCGGUGAUCUGGCUCCUCCUACAGAAUCCCGUCAAGAUUAUAUGAAUUCAGAUAUACAGGGUUCUUCAGCCAGGGGUCCAGCACAUCAGUCUCCACUCUCCUAGACUGAGGGAUGAAGUCACAAUCAGAAGUGGAGGUCAGUGCCACAGUGACAACCAGCAACUUGUCUGCCUCCUGAAGGCUUUUCAGCCCCGUGUAAAGCUGUUGGAACGAGGGAACAGAGGUAAAGAAUGAUGUAAUGCACUGGCUGCCCCAAAGCAUCUUUUGUUGGAAUGGUUAUUCCAGUCAUCUCUUUAUGAAUCAAAUGUGAGGGGCUGCUUUGUGGCAGGAGGCCUCUGCGAGAGCACAUCAACGGGAAAGAGAAAGAGACAUUCACUUGGAGGGCUCUUGCUGAAAAUGGGUUUAACUCUCCUCUUGCCAGUCGCCACCAGCCUGACCUCAUACAUCUCAGUACAAUGGAGUGGCUGAGCCUUUGAGCACACCACCAUUACAUCAUCGUGGCAAAUUAAAGGAGGAGGUGGGAAAAGAGGACUUAUUGUUGUCAUGGCCCAUGAGAUGAUUGGAACUCAAAUUGUUACUGAGAGGUUGGUGGCUCUGCUGGAAAGUGGAACGGAAAAAGUGCUGCUAAUUGAUAGCCGGCCAUUUGUGGAAUACAAUACAUCCCACAUUUUGGAAGCCAUUAAUAUCAACUGCUCCAAGCUUAUGAAGCGAAGGUUGCAACAGGACAAAGUGUUAAUUACAGAGCUCAUCCAGCACUCAGCCAAACAUAAGGUCGACAUAGAUUGCAGUCAGAAGGUUGUAGUUUACGACCAAAGCUCCCAAGAUGUGGCCUCUCUGGCCUCAGACUGCUUUCUCACCGUACUCCUGGGUAAACUGGAGAGGAGCUUCAGCUCUGUUCACCUGCUUGCAGGUGGGUUUGCCGAGUUCUCCCGCUGUUUCCCUGGCCUCUGUGAAGGAAAGUCCACCCUAGUCCCCACCUGCAUUUCUCAGCCUUGCUUACCCGUUGCCAACAUUGGGCCAACCCGAAUUCUGCCCAAUCUCUAUCUUGGCUGCCAGCGAGAUGUCCUCAACAAGGAGCUGAUGCAACAGAAUGGGAUUGGUUAUGUGUUAAAUGCCAGCAACACCUGUCCCAAGCCUGACUUUAUCCCUGAAUCUCAUUUCCUGCGAGUGCCUGUGAAUGAUAGCUUUUGUGAGAAAAUUUUGCCGUGGUUGGACAAAUCAGUAGAUUUCAUUGAGAAAGCAAAAGCCUCCAAUGGAUGUGUCCUAGUGCACUGCUUGGCAGGGAUCUCUCGCUCUGCCACCAUCGCCAUCGCCUACAUCAUGAAGAGGAUGGAUAUGUCCUUGGAUGAAGCUUACAGAUUUGUGAAAGAAAAAAGACCUACUAUAUCUCCGAACUUCAAUUUUCUGGGCCAGCUCCUGGACUACGAGAAGAGGAUUCAGAGCCAGACCGGAGCGGCGGGGUCCAAGAGCAAACUGAAGCUGCUGCACCUGGAGAAGCCAAGCGAGCCCCUCCCCGUCCCCGUCCCCGUCGCCGUCCCCGCGGAGGGCGGGCAGGGAGGCCAGCCGGCCCUCGGGCCGCCCCGCGCCCGCCCCGCCGCCGCUCCCCCGGAGGCCUCGGGGCCCCGGCCUGCGCCCCCCGCCGGUGCGCCCGGCGCCCAGCCCUCGCCGCCCGACGACGGCCCCCUGGUCCAGGCGCUCAACGGGCUCCACCUGCCCGCGGACCGGCGGGAGGACAGCGGCCGCCUCAAGCGCUCCUUCUCCCUGGACAUCAAGGCGGUGUCGCCGUCGGCAGGCGCGGCCGCACCCCUGCGCGGUCUCUCCUCCCCGGAGGCGGCCCCGGAGCCCUACAAGCCCUCCUCCGCCCUGGAGGGCGCCGGCAAGCCGUGCCAGUUCUCCCCGGUGCGGGAGGUGUCGGAGCAGACGCCGGAGGCCAGCCCGGAGCGGGAGGAGGCCGGCCCCCCCCGGGGUCCCCAGCCUCCUAGGGCCCCCGAGGGCCAGGGCGCGCGGCCCCGCGCGGGGAGGCCGCUCCUGUCGCCCCUGCCCCGCAGCGGGAGCGUGGAGGACCACUGCCAGCCGCGCUUCCUCUUCGGCCUCUCGGCCAGCCAGCAGCACCUGGCCCCCUCCGCCGCCGCCGGGCUGGGCCUCGAGGGCUGGCACUCGGACAUCCUGGCCCCCCAGCCCUCCGCCCCCUCCUUGGCCAAGAGCUGGUAUUUCGCCCCUGAGCCCACUCACUUCUACUCGGCCUCGGCCGUCUACGGAGGCCACGCCGGCGCCCCGGCCUUCAGCUGCGGCCAGCUGCCCGCCUGCGGCGGCGACCCGGGCCACUCCGUGCGCCGGCGGCAGAAGCCCAGCGACAGGGCCGACUCCCGGCGCAGCUGGCACGAGGAGAGUCCCUUCGAGAAGCAGUUCAAACGCAGAAGCUGCCAGAUGGAGUUUGGCGAGAGCAUCAUGUCCGAAAACCGGUCGCGGGAGGAACUGGGGAAGGUGGGCAGCCAGUCGAGCUUUUCAGGCAGCAUGGAAAUCAUCGAGGUCUCCUGAGAAGAAAGACACUUGUGACUUCUAUGGACAGUUCUUUUCCUUGUUCACAAAAAAAUAUUCCCUGUAAAUCUGAAAUAUAUAUAUGUACAUACAUAUAUAUUUUUGGAAAAUGGAGCUAUGGUGUAAAAGCAAAACAUGGAUCAACACCGUUGUUCUAAUAUCUGCAUUUGAGAGAGCAGCUAGUAUUUCUCUCAACACAAGUGGAAGGGCAGAGGCUAGCUUUCCCCCCAGGCACAUGAAACAAUUCUAUGCAGUGGACUGCACAUCCUCUCGUUCUUACUAAAUCGAGUUCUAUUUGGUGUCUGAGGACAGAAGCGCCCACCAUUUUCUUGUUGUGCUACAAAGAGAGAUCUCAAACACUAGUCCUGUCCGGUCCCUUCCAUAGUGCACCUUAGCGCUGAGACUGAGCCAGCCUGUGGGUCGGGCGGGGAGAACCUAUUAGGAACAGAACCUAAUGGUAAAUCCAAGAGAAAUGACCACAUCCAAAGCUGAUUCACACACCCCAGCGCACCUGACAGCCGAGCGAUGCGAGCAUCGUUCUGCUGACCGACCACUAGGGGCCUUGCCAAGAUCUACUAUAGAGCAACCCCAGUACCUCAGACGGAAAGUCGGGGCUUUCACCACUACCAGGCUUGGUGGCCCGUUUUCUAGGCCUUGUGAACAGGCAGGUAGCUAGUCACCCCUUUCAGACCAGUUCAGACGGUCUCUGCACACAUUUCCAGUUGGGCCUGGAUGGAGGGCGUUCAUUUGUUCUUUCUUCUUCUCAGCUUUGUGAAGAAGGGAAGGAAGCGAUCUAGGAUCCACUGAACAGCCAGGAAUCUGGCAGCAUCACGAUUUAAGCUAAGGCUGGGAGGCUAAACAAGUCUACCUCCCUCUUUAUAAAUCAAAGAGUUGUUCGAGAUGGGGUUGUCAACCCUUUCAAUGAAGGUCAGUUUCAAGCCAGACGUGAAUUUAUUCGGCGGCAGAGCAGGAGCACCGUCACGUCCUCGGCCCCGCUAGACAGCUUCCAUUUCGGGUUCAUCGCGCAGAUGCGUUUUGUGAAAAUGGAACGGUAAGGUAGAAUCUUAUAGGAAACUACCAGGAGGCAGAAAACCGCGGAAGGAUUAGUGAAGGUACAAUUGCUAAUUGAGGAGAAGCAGGAAACUUAUUUUCUCAGUGGUUUUUUUCCCUUAACAUGCGACCAAGGUGGUAUUUCUAUAAUUAGACUUUCAUACUGAUAGGGCUGAGAGAGGCUUUGGUAAGCAACGAAUGUUCAGAGAUAAACAGUGUAGGAAGGUGAGGAGAAGGUGGUUGAAGUUUGUUUCGUUGCAAGCAGAGCGGAAAGACACAGCCAAGCUGUUCUCGGAAACUAACCCCAGCAUUUUUUAGUAGAACGGACAUAUCAGAGUGGAGCGGGACCAAGUGGUCUCAGUCCGUGACCUGCAAUCACUAUGGAAUCAAUCCUGGCAGCUGAAAAGAGGAGGUGAUUAGAACAAGUACACAAGUGACAGUGCUUACCUGCUUUUAAACUUACGGGCUUGAGUUUCGUCAGCUACAGUCUGGUCCUGUUUUGAAGCCUUAAUUCACGUCAGCAGCUUUUUUUUAGGGUGGUGGGUGGGUGUUAGCGUUGUUCUUUACUGUAAGUGUAGCUAGUUGCUGACUCAUAUCUCAGGUUUUUCUACGUGUGAGAAAUGGACAGUCCUGUGAGUUGGAUGUGACUUCAUGUUUCCCAUGGUGACUGCUAAAACCAGCAUAGAAUGACAUGAUUCAAAACUGACUUGAUUGUGACGAUUAUGAGCUUCAUAGAACAUAACUGGUUAUGCACAAAUAAUGGGCUAUGAUAUGGGUAUAAAAUGAAGACAGUAAACUGCGUAGGGAGUGCGUUGUUACCAUACUGGAAAAGUUCUGUUAAGAGUGAUUUAGCUUUUCUAUAUACAUGUAAAUUUUGGAUGUAAUCAGACAUUAUCAAGGUUUCACACAGUAAUUUUUGAUGUGUUAUGUACACACGCACCAAACGUGUAACAGCUCCCUGCUUCCAGAGUCUGGUCACAACUGUGGAACAUUUUUGAGAAAUGAAAUUAAUGGCUCCAAUGCUGUAUGUUUCAGGAGGGUUGUGGGACUUGGUUUUAAUGCGAUCUUUGGGCGGAAUUGGCCUUCCAUCAUUUGGGAUUUCUCUUGGCCAUGGUCCCCUUCCUUCCUGUGACCGAUGUGGUCCUGUGCUACACCCUUUGGUCCUUAAUCACUAACUUCGAGUAAUCAGCCCUUGGAAUGGAGACUGCCCUGCCGAAGGGGCAGCCUCUCGGGCCAGCCCCAGAGCCACGUGGGUGGCUGAGGGCCGGGCAGGGCGGCGGCUGACUCUUUGCCGCGUGGAAUCCGAGGGGGAGCCCUGGAGCCUACCAGAUGAUACGGGAUGGUGAUUUUAUACGACAGAACUAGACUUCUACGUGAGAAAUGCUGGAAAAUGGUUUAGGACAUUUGUAAAGUUAGGUGGGAAGACUGUAUAAAUGUUUAAUAUGAAUAUAGUGUUCUUUUGUAGUAAGGCAAGCUGUUGAAUGGUUGAAUUGUGCAUUUCUCAUUCUGAUGUGUCAUGAAUGUUAAUAUGAUGAAAUAAAAUCAAAACUGGU